AUGCCCCUUUCGACUAACGUGGAAGAGAGCGAGCUUUCGGAGGAUGCUGGUCCGGUCGAAUAUUCAAUGUACGCAAGUCCACAAUCUACUCCUGUUCCCUCCUCCGGUGGCUCUAACAAAUUUUUGAUCUUCUACAAGCUCUUACUCAGUCCUUGUGGCAACUUUUUGCUUGUUGUCCAGCCAGGUAUAGAUCCUAUAGACAAACAUUGGAGCUUUGACGUCUUCCAAGACCUCGCAUACUAUAGUCGUCCUGCCCGGCCUUGCUUCCAGUGGAUUGCUGGCCAAGAGGCUCCUGCUCUUCCGCGCAAACACUACACUCAUCACAGCCAUUCUCAGCAUACAGACUUUACUGUAAAGAAUAUGGAGGAGAAUGGUGGAAUCAGUACCCAAGACAAAGAUCCAAUGCCUGACACUUGUGAAAGCCUUGAAAAGGACCGUUUCUUCGAGUUGCCUACAGACGGGCCCUUGGAGAACCCCCCGGGUGGCCGGAAUAAUGUUGAGAUUGCAUUUCAUCCAUAUUUGCCACAGGUUGCAUAUGCGACAGACGCAACAUACUUAUGGAACUUUAGUGCCAUGAAUGCCAGCGGGGAUAGAGUGAAGAAACAACCUCCUCUCUGCAUCCAUAUCAAACCAUUAUCACAAAUGAGGUACUCCUAUUGCGGACAACGAAUCCAUAGAUUCGAGAAUUUCGAGCGUGCCGGAGCUAAGGAGGGCAUUAUCGUUGACCUGAGCCAGCUUCAGAGCAGUUCCACUCCAGUUAUCCCGGAGCCUGAAGGACACGGAAUGACCCAGAUGCUAGUACUGAACGAUACGAGGAGAGGUCUAUCCAAAUUCGUCAUGCCAGAGCAACGAACACCGUCAAUACAAACCUCAAACACCUCGUUCAUCACCAGGGACGCAAACGGUAUGCCUACGUUAUCUACGCUGCAACAAUCUUCCGAAGAUAACUCUCUGACCUUGCACACUUUUAACACUCGCGGUCAAUCGAAACAAGAGACAUUACAUGAAGUGGCGCAGCAGAUGCUUCUAGAAGACCAAAAACCCCGAUCAGAGAGCGAAGAAGAGAAAGAGAGAUGA